CGUGUUCCAGCCCCCAGAAUCCUUUGCUCUUACCUGCCAGGAACCAAACUCUUCAAAUAAGAGUUUUGAACGGAGGCCAAGAGCUUGCAGCGCCGUUCGGACUUCAUGCUGGCUGCGAAAUGGUGUGGGUUGCUUUUCUCCGGAAAAUAUACCAUGGAGGCAACUGGGUCAGAAUCAGGCCUUAUCUGCCCCCAUGCAGGGAAGGGUGGCAGAACGAAUGCCCAUGUGCACGGGGCGUAUUCCUAUUUUGGUCCUGGGAAUACUCUGCUGGGAAGAUCUUGAGAGACCCUGCCAGCCAAAGCACACCUCCUGAUUGUCUGGAAUUCAGGAUUUUUUCAGUGUACACGGAAUAAUUAUGGGGAAGCCGUUGUAAAUAACGAAUCUUGAGUCUGGUUCAUCCCCACCCACUCCUUCUUUCUUCGGGUGGCUUCCUUCCUGUGCUUUCCUUCUCUCCCCCCCCCCCCCAACUCCCUGCAAUCUGGUUGGGGUGUGCCUGAGAACAGCUGUGGGGCAAGGGGGAGGCGGGGAGAGACAAGGCGACUGCUCCGCUUUUCAAGCUGAUUUUUGCUCCCCGAGGCCCCCACUUACAAACUGGGCACUUUCAACCUGUUCUCUGGCAAAGAUUCCAGACUGGAGCGAACCCCGGGCAAGGAGAAGGCAGCCUUUGAUAUAGCAUUAAAUUGUGAUGGAGAAGACCUUGCCGGAGGCCGUAGGAGAAAGGCAGAGGGGACUGGCGGGGGGGUGGGUGAGAGGAAAAGAAGACAGGUACUCUCUCUCUCUCUGUGUGUGUGUGUGUGUGUGUGUGUGUGCAGAAGGAAGGUGACUCUUGCAUCCCACUCUAAAUUUCAUCAGGACUCUACUGGGCAGCUCCUUCUCAUACUGGGUCUGGAAUGGAGUCGGUUCGUCUGGGUCUCGUUCAUCCCUGAAUUCUUCUCCUCUCUUCAAACAGGAGCUUCAAAUGCACUGGAGACGCCUCUCCGUCAUCUCUGUGCCCCCCUCGAAUCCCACCCACUCUUCCCCCCCAAAUUCCUGCCUUUCUCAGCCUUUACGUUUAAAAACAAACCAACCAACACCACAGCUUUAAGGCUGAGCCUGGCCAACGUGGUCCUUCAUCUCCUUGGGGCCAGCCCAACCGUUAGGCAGUGGGAGGCAGCCGCUUCAGGCAGCACUUGCUUGGUUGAAGGCGUUGGAGGGAACAGUUUUGUGCGACACAAGGUUGUUUCUGCAUCUCUUAAGCUACCCUGCUGCCCUCAGGUGCAGAAGAGGACGCUUGGCAGAGCUGAAGUCAGAGGCAACUCCCAGUCCGGUCGGACUCUGCACACAGAAGAGGGAGUGUGUGUGUGAUCUGGGCAUUUGCCUCUGGCAGCAGAACGUCUUGGGCCAGCCUUGGCCCAGCCCUUUGCUCUCUGGCCCUCAACCCAUCAGCUCAGCAAGACAAUGCAAGCAGGAUGUGAUGGUCGGACGCAUCGCCUGUUUUUCCCUCCCUUGGCAAUCUAAUCUGUGGCGGUCUUCCUGCUGUGGAGAUGCAUCCUUAAGAACAUAAGAAGCGCCCCCUGGAUCAGGCCAACGAGUCCAGCACCCUGUUCUCGCACUGGCCAACCAGAUGCCUCUGGGAAACCCUUCAAGCAGGAUUCGAACACAAGCCCUCUUCCCUUCUGCAUUCAGAAGCAUUGCCACCUUCAACCAUGGAAGCACUGAGGACCUUCUGGCGGUUCCCUCAUUGCAAGAAGUGAGGUUACAGGGAACCAGGCAGAGGGCCUUCUCGGUGGUGGCGCCCGCCCUGUGGAACGCCCUCCCAUCAGAUGCGAAGGAAAUAAGCAGCUAUCUUCUCUUUAAAAGACAUCUGAAGGCAGCCCUGUUUAGGGAAGUUUUUAAUAUUUAAUGCUGUAUUGUUUUUAACACUUGAUUGGAAGCCACCCAGAGUGGCUGGGGAAACUCAGCCAGAUGGGCGGGGUAUAAAUGAUAAAUAAUAAUAAUUAUUAUUAUUAUUAGCAGAGCGCCCCUGUUGUGGCCAGUCGCCAUUGGGGAACACGGUGCCAGGUGCUGUACAGAAUUGAGCAGCCAGGCCAGAGGUGUGUUGCUAACAAGCCCCAGCUCUUUAGAGGUCUUUGACCCUGCAGAAGGGGGCAGCAAAUAUAUUUCCUUUCCUCCGGCCUGCUUUCCGUGUCCCCCCACCUUACCCGCCGCCGCCCCCUCCUUCCUCCUCCGCCUUCCUCGCCUCUUUCAGUCAAAUUGCCCUUUGCUGGUGCAUCUUUAAUGAGGAGCAGCUCUUUUCGAAUGCACCUGACCCUGCCGAUACCUCGGCAUUAUUAUUUAUUGAUCCCUUUCUCCUGUCCGCCCCCCCCCCAAUUCAUUACGAUGUGGGAAACGUUAACCCGAAGUGCUGACCUUUAGUAUUCAAAUCAGGCAGUAUGGUUCCUUGGCUGCCUGCAUGCUGAUGAGGUGCUGUUGGGUCGGCAGGCAGGGUGGCUCGGAGGUCACGGAGGUGGGGGCCUACCUUUUUAUUUUAUUUUAUUCCUGGGGAGAGGGUGGCGGCUAACAGAAACGGCUGGAUUGUGUGCUCCUAGCUGCUUCUGCGGGGGGCCCUUUCGGGCAGCAGCCGAAUGCAGCUGCCGCUUCUCUAUGUUUGCGCAGGGUAGGACCCUCCUGCAUGCAGAUGUGCCGGCACACCCAGAUUCCCCCAAAAUCUAGGGCGGAGCCACAAAACAAGGGACAUCACACUGGGCAGGAAGGCUGCAGCUUGAUUGCCAAGUGCAUUGAGGAAUAAUAAUAAUAAUAAUAAUAAUAAUAAUUUUUAUUUACCGUAUUUUUUGCUCUAUAAGACUCACUUUUUCCCUCCAAAAAAGCAAGGGGAAAUGUGUGUGCGUCUUAUGGAGCGAAUGCAGGCUGUGCAGCUAUCCCAGAAGCCAGAACAGCAAGAGGGAUCGCUGCUUUCGCUGCGCAGCGAUCCCUCUUGUUGUUCUGGCUUCUGAGAUUCAGAAUAUUUUUUUUCUUGGUUUUCUCCUCCAAAACCUAGGUGCGUCUUAUGGUCUGGUGCGUCUUAUAGAGCGAAAAAUACUGUAUAUCCUGCCCUCGCCAGCCAAAGCCGGGCUCAGAGCGGCUAGCAACAAUAAAAGUAGCACAGUUCACAUAAAAUCACAAUCAAUUAAUUAAAAUACAUUCUAAAAGCAAUUCAGAAUCAAAUUAAUGGCAACCAUUGGGCUAGAGUCCUGUGAGGAUUACCAAAGGAGGGCGUCAGACUGUGCCUUGGCCAAAGGCCUGGUGGAACAGCUCUGUCUUGCAGGCCCUGCGGAAAGAUGUCAAGUCCCGCAGGGCCCUAGUCUCUUGUGACAGAGCGUUCCACCAGAUCGGGGCCACGGCCAAAAAAGCCCUGGCUCUGGUUGAGGCCAGCCUAACCUCUCUGUGGCCCAGGACCUCCAAGAUGUUUUUGUUUGAAGACCGUAAGGUCCUCCGUGGGACAUACUAGGAGAGGCGGUCCCGUAGGUACGAGGGUCCUAGGCCGUAUAGGGCUGGUCAAAACCAGCACCUUAAACCUGAUCCUGUAAUCCACUGGAAGCCAGUGCAGCUGGUAUAGCACUGGGUGAAUGUGAUCCCGCGGCGAGGACCCCGUAAGGAGUCUCGGCGCGGCAUUCUGCACCCGCUGGAGUUUCUGGGUCAGUCUCAAGGGCAGCCCCAUGUAGAGUGAGUUACAAUGCCUGGAGAUUGACCCCCCCCCAAACGGUGGAUCCUUUUUUAAAGGUAGAAAAACAUCUGGUUGGCGGGCAGAAGGGCUCAUCGCCAGUGGCACCACUGGCAGGCUAAAUGAUCAGGUAGCGGCAGGUGAUGGGAGGAGCCUCUUUUCUCUGAGAGCUUGGUAGAGCAGCUGCCAGUCUGGCUGGACAGCUCUGGUCUAGACGGGCCAUUGGUCUAAUAUUGGAGGCAGCGACUUCACAUUGCAACCCAGAGCAGUUACAGGUAGGUAGCCGUGUUGGUCUGCCGUAGUCAAAGCAAAACAAAAUAAAUAAUAAUAAAAAAUUUAAAAAAUUCCCACCACCACUUCAAAUUUGGUGAUGAUCUGUUCCUCUACAGCAGUGGGCAUCUGCAUGGCUCCACAGUAUGCCAACAUCUUCAUGGCAGAUUUAGAACGUUUCCUAAACUCCUACCCACUCAAACUUCUCUUGCGUUACAUUGAUGAUGUUUUUAUUAUCUGGACACAUGGUCAACAGACCCUGGACACCCUCCACCAGACAUUCAAUGACUUUCACCCCACCAUCAACCUAACAAUGAACCAAUCUAUGCAAGAAAUACAUUUUUGGGACACUACUAUAAAAAUACAGGACGGGCGUAUGUUGUUGUUGUUUAGUCGUUUAGUCGUGUCUGACUCUUCGUGACCCCAUGGACCAGAGCACGCCAGGCACUCCUGUCUUCCACUGCCUCCCGCAGUUUGGUCAGACUCAUGUUUGUAGCUUCGAGAACACUGUCCAACCAUCUUGUCCUCUGUCGUCCCCUUCUUCUAUGGGCGUAUAGGCACCACCAACCAACUGACCGUCAAACGUAUCUACAUGCUUCUAGCUACUAUCCCAAACUUACCGAACAAUCCAUUGUAUAUAGCCAGGCUGUACGUUACAGCCACAUCUGUUCACUCUAAUGUGCUACUGGAAGGAAUUUUUUUAUUUUUUAUUUUAUUUGUUUUGUUUUGUUUCAACCCAGAGCAGUGAGUCUGCUGUUCUCUUUAAAAAGAUAAAAUAAAGGCAAAUGAGAUUCUGCAGGAAGAAAAUUCUGGGCAUGCAUGAAUGUGUAUGCUCCUCCUUCUCGUUAUUGUUAAUGAGUUUUUGCCCCUCCUGUUCUGCAUAAUUUAUUUUUAGUGCAUUGUAUCGCCCUGUUUCUUCUGCUCCCGGGAAGAAGGCAAAGGACUACCAGGAAUGUAUACCUCUUUAAAUAUAAUACAAAUAACUAAGCAGGAUGUUGGAGCCCCCACCCUGGCCCCUGAAAACCUCCUUCAUCCGCACCUCUGGUUUUUGCUGAGUGUUGCCCGCGGACUUUCAAGCCACAAGGACUAGAAACUUGCCUUCUUUACAAAACAAAAAGCGAAAGCUGGGGUUCUCUGGAGGCUGAAUCCUGAAGCCAGUGCUGCAUUCAAUUCUGGAUUCCCACACUCCCCAGAACUGCAGUGCUUCUAUGAAAAUCCAAGAGGAUCUGUUGCACCGGGCGAGAGGGAUUUGUGUAAACGUGCUAUGUUAACCUUCAGCGUUUAAAUCAGGGUGGUCCAACUUUUCAUAUCAAGUGGGCCACAAGAAUACUUCGGCACAGAACACUGCUUUGUUGUGCGGGGGUGGGGAGUGAGGUCAAAAUUGAGGACACCUGCCCCAGCCCUCCUGCUGCCUUCCCAAAGCCAGAUAAGUAAGCAAGUGCCCCCCCCCUUUUGAGAAGGAGGCACAAAUAAUAAUAAUAAUAAUUUAUUAUUUAUACCCCACCCAUCCGGCUGGGUUUCCCCAGCCACUCUGGGCGGCUUCCAACAAAGUAUUAUAAUACAGUAGUCUGUUAAACAUUAAAAGCUUCCCUAAAGAGGGCUGCCUUCAGAUGUCAUCUAAAAGUCUGGUAGUUGUUCAUCUCUUUGACAUCUGGUGGGAGGGCGUUCCACAGGGCAGCUGCCACUACCGAGAAGGCCCUCUGCCUGGUUCCCUGUAACUUGGCUUCUCGCAGUGAGGGAACAGCCAGAAGGCCCUUGGCACUGGACCUCAGCGUCCAGGCAGAACGAUGGAGGUGGAGACGCUCCUUCAGGUAUACUGGACCGAGGCCAUUUAGGGCUUUAAAGAUCUGACAGGUUCCUAAAGCCUCCCUUUUCCUUCCCAGACCUGGCAAAGCACUAACCAUGUUUUGGGAAGGAGGAGGACAGACCCCAGGACCCUGCCAGAGUCCUCAUGCCUCUUUCCGAAAGCCCAGCACUAUGCUUACCUGGCUGUGCAAUGGCAGAACGGAGGGCUGGGAUGGAGGGCUGUCCAGUGUUGCCAAGGGCCGCUGAAAAAGGCCUCAAGGGCCACACGUUGGACCACCCUGAUGUUGAUCAAUCUGGGUAAAGAGUAAGAAGGGGGUCAGAAUGCUUGGAAUCCCGAAAGAUGCUUCUCGUGUUCCUGACACAGCCAGGUGUUCCUUGUCUUCCAGGUGGAGCUGACAGGAAGCAGCAUCUUCGAUUACGUCCACCCUGGAGACCACCCUGAGGUCGCUGAGCAGCUGGGCCUGAAGCCUCCCUCGGAGACGUCUCACUCAACGCGACAGAAAGCACCCACCCUGGCCACUGCCACCUCGUCUUCUGGGCUGACGGAGACCUCUGAAUCUGGUAUGCCUUCUGGGUAACAGCAAGAGGGUAGAGGGCUCUUGUGCUCGGAUCCUGCUUGCGGGUUUCCCAUAACGGGCUUCUGCUUGGCCACUGCAAAAACAGGAUGGUGGACUCGACUGGCCGCCGGCCUGACCCAGCAGGUUAUUCUUACUUUCUUGCGUGCCCAUGCUUCAAGCACACCGGGAAAUGGGCAUAUUGCAAGCAUGGAAGCUGUGUGUGGUUGCUCAGGUCAUGGGGAACAGGCACUUGGCACAUGCUUGGAGGUACCCUUUCGCCUCCAGGGCUAGAACAAAGCCAUCUGUUUCAAGGGGGGGACCACCACAUGGCUCCAAGGAACAGCAACAGGGAAUUUCAUUUUGACAUUUCUGGCUCUCAUCAGAGGUUUCUUGGCUGAGAGCCAUGAUGACUGAAGCCCCUUUAAUGUCCAGUGUAAAAGGUAAAGGGACCCCUGACCAUUUGGUCCAGUCGUGACCGACUCUGGGGUUGCGGCGCUCAUCUCGCUCUGUAGGCCGAGGGAGCCAGCGCACAGAUUCUGGGUCAUGUGGCUGGCAUGACUAAGCUGCUUCUGGCGAACCAGAGCAGCGCACGGAAACGCCGUUUACCUUCCCGCCGGAGCGGUACCUAUUUAUCUACUUGCACUUUGACGUGCUUUCGAACUGCUAGGUUGGCAGGAGCCGGGACUGAGCAACGGGAGCUCACCCCGUCACAGGGAUUCGAACCGCCGACCUUCUGAUCGGCAAGUCCUAGGCUCUGUGGUUUAACCCACAGCGCCACCCACAUCCCAGUGCAAUGUCCAGUGUAGACUAGCCUUUAUAAAUGAAUUAAAACUUGCUCCCGAACCAGCCUACCCCCACCCGAUUCUCUCUUUUUGUCAGCUUUGGCAGCCAAUCACCCAGUCUCCUCCUUUUCCAUAAUACUGGCUAUAUAGUAUUUCACCUUCAUUAGCUCAGCAAUCUUUACAACACCCCGGCGAGGUAGACCACCCCUGCAGUCUUGACAUUGCAGAUUGGGCUGCUGAGGUUAAGGACAUGCCUAUGACCAGGGCCAUCUUAAGCAUAUGCGGCUCUGGGUGCAAAGAUCUGCCCGGCGCCGCCCCCCCAGGUUGUACAGGUUGCCAAAGCCUCAGCAGCAACAGAGGAGCCCGAGGCGGCGGUUGCAACAGAGCAAGGCCGGGGCCGGGCGCCUGGGGAAGGGGUGGGCAAACAGAGCCCAGUGCAACAACGGUUGGUCCCGCGGCGGUGGCGACUGAGUGAAGCUGGGUGCCUCAUGUGAACUGUGUGCGCUGGGUGGGCCUCUCGAUGGCCCGCCAAUCCCAGGUGCGCAGGAGGACAGAGCCAGCCGGCUGCCUCAGCGUCUCGCUUGCCCGCAGCAGAAGAGCUGCGGCGCCCUGAUGGGCUCUGCUCUGCUCGGCAGCGGCUGUCGGCUCUUCCCAAUCCCCGGACUCCAAAUCUCUGCCCCGGAAUGAGAGCCCGACGUCUGGGUGCCCCGCACCCCUAGCACCUAUGGGUAAGACGGCCCUGCCUAUAACCGAGUGAAUUUGUGGCCGUGGCAAUGGUUGAACCUGGAGUAUUUCAGCUCAGGCUCCUGGGAUCAAACGUCAUCGCAUGCAGUUGUGUGGGUUUGCAGCCCCUGUGGGUUUUCUCCCAAGGAAAACUCUCGUGGGAAGCUGGAAUCGUGAAUCUUUCUAGCCUGCAAAGGCAGCCAGGAAGCCUCUUUCGGAACACAGACAGAGGGGGAGAGACCUGGGUGCAUAAUUGGAGCACAGUGACCCCCGUCUACUCCCUUCCCCCGUGGACGCCUCCAGCUCUAACCACUGGCCAGCAUUUCCCUCCCCAGGGAGUUGGUGGGAAAUAAAUCUUUUGAAGAAAGGGGGAGGGGAAUCCCAGAUAGCCGACACGAUUAAUUUUUAAAGCUACGUGUCUAUUUAUCUAGUACCAAUUUAUUUUUGACAGCAAACAGAAACGCCGGCACAGAAUCUUCUGAACAGGCCUCUGCUCUUCCAAACAGUGGAGCUCACUCCUUUUCCCCAAAUCUGGAAGAGAAUCCAUGCAAGGGUCAUAGCUCAGUGCUAGAGCAUCUGCGAUUUGUGCAGAAGGCCGUAGGUUCAAACCCCGGUGUCUCUAGGUAGGCCCAGGAGAGAUUCCUGCCUGAAACCCUGGAGAGGUUCUGCCGGUCAGUGUUGGACCAAGGGCUGCCAAUUCCAUGCCCUCCAGAUGUGUUGGACUACAAUUCCUAGCAUCCCAGGCCAUGGAUCAUGCUGGCAGCAUCUGAUGGGAGUUGUAGUUCAAAACACCUGGAGAGUGCCAGGUUGGGGGAAAGCCAGAGCAGACAACACCGACCUGGGUGAACAAAUGACUCUGGCGCAAUUCACGCUGUAAAUUUAAAAUGCUGUGAUUCAGCUCUAAGCAGACAUGGCUUUUGCCAAAGAAACCUCAGAACUGUUGCCUGUUAAGGCUUAACCCUGUUCCCCCUCCUACACUUCCCAGAUUGUCUUACAAUCAAUCCCUCCUCCCAGGGAACUCUGGGAAUUGUAGUUCUGGGAGAGGAGCAGGGGGGUCUCCUAACAAUUCUCAGUGCCCUGAACAAACUACAGCUCCCAGGAUUCUCUGGGGGAAGCCGUGACUGCUCAAAGGGGAAUUGUAGAGUCACAAAAUUGUAGAGGGACCACUAGGAUCAUCUUUUGCCCAACAUGGGGCUCGAACCCACAAGAUGAAGAGUCUCACGCUCAUGCUUGGACUACUGCAAUGCGCUCUAUGUGGGGCUACCUUUGAAGGUGACCCGGAAACUACAACUAAUCCAGAAUGCGGCAGCUAGACUGGUGACUGGGGGGGCCCGCCGAGACCAUAUAACACCGGUCUUGAAAGACCUACACUGGCUCCCAGUACGUUUCCGAGCCCAAUUCAAAGUGUUGGUGCUGACCUUUAAAGCCCUAAAUGGCCUCAGCCCAGUAUACCUGAAGGAGCCUCUCCACCCCCAUCGUUCUGCCCAGACACCGAGGUCCAGCGCCGAGGGCCUUCUGGCGGUUCCCUUGCUGCGAGAAGCCAAAUUACAGGGAACCAGGCAGAGGGCCUUCUUGGUAGUGGCACCCGCCCUGUGGAAUGCCCUCCCACCAGAUGUCAAAGAGAACAACAACUACCAACCUUUUAGAAGACAUCUGAAAGCAGCCCUGUUUAGGGAAGCUUUUAAUAUUUAAUAGGUUAUUGUAUUUUAGUGUUUUGUUGGAAGCCAACCAGAGUGGCUGGGGAAACCCAGCCAGAUGGGCGGGGUAUAAAUAAUAAAUUAUUAUUAUUAUUAUUAUUAUUAUUAUUAUUAUUAUUAUUAUACCAACUGAGCUAUCGCGGUGCUUUAAAGGUAUGGUACGGAUGCAGCCUCGGUACAAGGCAUCUUUCUCUGUUUUUCCUGUGCUGCUUUGAUCCUGUUUCGCCCUUGCUUGGCUGCAAGCGCCAUUGGGCCGAUGGGACGUUGCUGCCCGGGAUCAGGCGCCAAGUCUCCAGUAGCUCUUCCCUGCUGCUUCUCUGCAAGCUGACCUGGCGGGUCAGAGGCUGCCGCCGGGUGCCCGGUUUGCCCUCUGCCCCCACCCACUUGCACACCUGCGAAGGACACCGAGGGAGAGAGAGAGAGGAGCGAAGCGGUAUCUCGAGUCUCCUUCCUGCUCGUUUGGCAUCCGCCUGCUCGGCUUUUAUCCAGGGAACUUGUGAAAGAUUUAUACCGAGCUGGAAAGUAAAAGAGAAUACGAGAUCAGCGUUCUGCCCCUGAGUGUGUUCUCAUAAGAAUGUGGGGGGAGGAAAGGGGGGGUGUCAGAUGAGGGGUCUGUCUCAUCCAGCAGUCUCAACAUGGCCUGGCUAGCUAGAUUCCUCUAGGACAGCUUUCACCCCAACCCAACCCCCUUCCAGCUGUUUUGGACUACAGUUCCCAUGUGGCUGUGUAACUCUGGGAGCUGCUGGGAAUUGUCCAAAACAGCUGAAAGGGCUGACGCUUUUAUAAACGUGAGAAGCAGGGAUCCCCACAACCGAGAGAAGGAAAACGAAAGGAGUUCAGGUUGCUCAGAUAAAACAUUUCUUCUAGACCUGAUGUCCUAUGUAGGGCGUUGGAGCUGCAGAAUGCUAAAAUUAAAUAUAUACUUGGUCAAGGUUCUCUCCCCCCCCCCAAUUAAAAAGCUAAGCCAGGAACCAGCUCCUCGUGUGGCAGGCAGUUCCAUAGGUUAAAUUGUGCUUUGAUGGGAGUGGAUGGGAGUUGUGGUCCAAAACAGGUUGAUGAAGGCUGAUCUGUGAGUCCUGAUUGCAGCCUCCUGUGGUUGCUUGUUUCGUUACAGUUGGGUUAGGUUAGGGUUUCUUUGUUUAUUUCACUACAUUUGUAUCCGACCUUCUUCCUCCAAGGAGCUCAAGGUGGCAUAUAUAAUCCCCCCCCCCCAUUUAAUUCCCACAACAACCCGCUGAGGUAGGCUGGGUGGAGAGGCAGUGACUAGCUGAGCUUCGUGGCUGUUCAAUCCACAUUUUGGUUUUUAUGACCUUCAAUAGUUCGUUGUAGACAGCAUCUUAAAAAGCAGAGACAUCACCUUGCCAGCAAAGGUCCGUAUAGUUCAAGCUAUGGUUUUCCCAGUAGUGAUGUAUGGAAGUGAGAGCUGGACCAUCAAGAAGGCUGAUCGCCAAAGAAUUGAUGCUUUUGAAUUAUGGUGCUGGAGGAGACUCUUGAGAGUCCUAUGGACUGCAAGAAGAUCAAACCUAUCCAUUCUUAGGGUGAGGCCUUGAGUGCUCGCUGGAAGGACAGAUCCUGAAGCUGAGGCUCCAAUGCUUUGGCCACCUCAUGAGAAGAGAAGACUCCCUGGAAAAGACCCUGAUGUUGGGGAAGAUGGAGGGCACAAGGAGAAGGGGGUGACAGAGGGCGAGAUGGUUGGACUGUUCUCGAAGCUACCAGCAUGAGUUUGACCAAUGCGGGAGGCAGUGGAAGACAGGAGUGCCUGGCAUGCUCUGGUCCAUGGGGUCACGAAGAGUCGGACACGACUAAACAACAACAAUCUGAUGUAGCUCUUGGCCACAUCACUGUUUUUCACACAAACUCCAGAGCAUCUGUGAAGGAGUUAAGUCGAGCUGGUCCCAACACAGAUUCUUCUUGCAUCCCUUCAUUGCAUCCCUACUCUCUGCCUUUGGCCUUCAACCAGUUUCUGAGUCAUAUAAGGAUCUCUUUCUUACCCAAAAACUGCCAAGUUCGCUCAAGAGCCAUUGAUGAGCUUUUGGGACGUUCAGAUAUAUAAGAUUGUUUCCAGCUAAGUUCUGCUCAAAGUAGACCCGUGAAAUUAAUCUAGGUUAGUCAUGCCCAUUAAUUCGAGUGGGUCUGAGUAUGACUAGCAUCUGAUCCAACCUCUCAUGUCUACCAAAUCACCCCUGGCCAUGUGUUUUUUGAGACACACAAACAACUACAAAAGGCUAGAGUGAGGCAGGACCACCCAUUGCAGAAACCAUGCUGAUUCUUCCUCAACAUGGCUUGUUCUUCCAUUUACUUAAAAAUACUAGCUUUAAUAAUGGUCCCUGCAAAUUUACCUAGGAGGAAAAAAAUAAGGUAGUGAGUCUGUAAUAGCAAAUGCCCACCACAUUCCUUAAUGCUUAGGUUACCUUCCACUCCUCUGGGAAGAAGGAAUCUGAUUUUUAACGCUGAAUAUUUAUGUUAAAAGAUCAGCAGUUUUGCAUUUGAGUUCUUUAAGGACUCUUGGGUGAAUGCCAUCUGGCUCUGACUUCUUGUUAGUUUGUGAUUUGUCAAUUAGCUCUUAAAGUUCACUCUUUGUCACCUCUAUUUGACAUAGCUCUGCAAACGCUUCUCUUCACCCCCCCCCCCCACACGAAAACAGUAGCCCAGAUAUGGACAUCUUUCACGGGGAAGGCCAACGCACAAAUACAAUACGCCAUUCUUCUUCAAAACUCUCCAUCCUAUGGAAAGUCAUCUAAAGAUCUUCUGGCUCCCUGGUUUCCUGUUCCUAAUGUGUCCAAACUUGGCAAAACUUCUGCUUCUUAAAAGGAAGUCCGCUCACCAUUUACGGUGUCCUUGACACAGCUGUUUAACCACGCUGGCAUCCUCCUGGACUUUUUCAAAGGGUUACUGUAUAGGUAAAAGGUAAAGGGACCCCUGACCGUUAGGUCCAGUCAUGGACGACUCUGGGGUUGCGGUACUCCCUCUUGCUCUAUAGGCCGAGGGAGCUGGCGUACAGCUUCCGGGUCAUGUGGCCAGCAUGACUAAGCCGCUUCUGGCGAACCAGAGCAGCGCACGGAAACGCCGUUUACCUUCCCGCCGGAGCGGUACCUAUUUAUCUACUUGCACUGGUGUGCUUUUGAACUGCUAGGUUGGCAGGAGCAGGGACUGAGCAACGGGAGCUCACCCCGUCGCGGGGAUUCGAACCGCCGACCUUCUGAUCGGCAAGUCCUAGGCUCUGUGGUUUAACCCACAGCGCCACCCGCGUCCCUCUACUGUAUAGGUAUGAAUCCUGCUUGCUGGUUGGCCAUUGUGAGGACAGAAUGCUGGACUAUGUGGGCCAUUGGCCUAGUCCAACAGGCUCUGCUCAUGUUCUUGGAACAGCUCCUAAUAUUGAAGGUGUGACACCUGCCUGUCUCUGUAUCUUAGAUCCAGCCAGCUCCCAUCCUGCUGAGGGCGAUGUUUUGGACCGCUCCUUUUUCAUCCGUCUGAAAUCCACCCUGACCAAGAGAGGGCUUCAUGUGAAAACUUCCGGCUACAAGGUAAAAUGACGCCCACUCCAGCCGUGGGUCUUACUUCCUCUUUAUUUAUUUAUUAAAGAUUUUCUUGAUUUACAAAAGCAUGUGUAAUGUCUCUCUCUCGUAUUUUUCCCCCCAUGUAACAUUUUUACAAAUCAGUUUCAUUUGUUGAGACAUUAGGAAGAGGAUCUAGGAGUCUUGGUUGACCACAAACUUGAUAUGAGCCAACAGUGUGACGCGACAGCUAAAAAAGCCAAUGCAAUUCUGGGCUGCAUCAAUAGGAGUAUAGCAUCUAGAUCAAGGGAAGUAAUAGUGCCACUGUAUUCUGCUCUGGUCAGACCUCACCUGGAGUACUGUGUCCAGUUCUGGGCACCACAGUUCAAGAAGGACACUGACAAACUGGAACGUGUCCAGAGGAGGGCAACCAAAAUGGUCAAAGGCUUGGAAACGAUGCCUUAUGAGGAAUGGCUAAGGGAGCUGGGCAUGUUUAGCUUGGAGAAGAGGAGGUUAAGGGGUGAUAUGAUAGCCAUGUUCAAAUAUAUAAAAGGAUGUCACAUAGAGGAGGGAGAAAGGUUGUUUUCUGCUGCUCCAGAGAAGCGGACACGGAGCAAUGGAUCCAAACUACAAGAAAGAAGAUUCCACCUAAACAUUAGGAAGAACUUCCUGACAGUAAGAGCUGUUUGACAGUGGAAUUUGCUGCCAAGGAGUGUGGUGGAGUCUCCUUCUUUGGAGGUCUUUAAGCAGAGGCUUGACAACCAUAUGUCAGGAGUGCUCUGAUGGUGUUUCCUGCUUGGCAGGGGGUUGGACUUGAUGGCCCUUGUGGUCUCUUCCAACUCUAUGAUUCUAUGAAAAGGGGGAAAGAGAGGUCGGGGUCGGGUGGCGAUGUUUCUAUUUUACUUACUAUAUGUGGGGUUUGGUGUCAGUGUUGCUUGUGCAGGUUCUCUGCUGUUCGCUUGUGUUCCUUUGGUGGUGAGAGAGGUUGGGGUUGGCCUAGGGUGUGGUUGUUCAUUUGUGGUUGUGGUGGUCUUUGUUUUCAUGUGUGAGUGGGGUGGGUGGAUGUUUUGGAUCAGGUUAGCCAUAUUGAUAUGUAUGCUGUUGGUGGAUUUUUGUCGUUGUCUUGUUGGGCUGUGUAUGUGAUAAAGGGGAGCCGUACCGGGGUGAAGGUUUCUUCUUCUAUUUGUCCCCGUGUCAGUUUCAGUUUAUUGGUUAAUUUUUCUAGUAGGGCUGUUUCCCAUACUAUUUGGUACCUUUGGUCCAUGCUUACUCCUGACAGGUCUCUCCAGUGUCUGGCUAUGUGGGGAGGCACUGUCGACAGCCUAUCUUGUGGCGGUGGAGGGUGGGGUGGGGGGGAGUGGAAGUGCAGAAUUCCCCUUUUUCCCCUCCCACAAUAAUAUUUAUUGAAUUUCAUACAAACACAACACGGGUUACUUCCGGGUUUCAGCGGUGGCGCAUGUGCAGAAGCGCUAAAUCGUGCUUUGCGCAUGCGCAGAGGUGCUGAAUCGCAACCCGCUGAUGCGCAGACACAGGUUGCGAACGCUGUGGGUUGCGAAUGUGCAUCCCGCACGGAUCACGUUCGCAACCCGAGUGUCCAUUGUAUUCAUUAGUAUUAAUGGAUUUAAGUGUAUAUACAAUAUAAAAUUAAGUGUUUUUUAUAUUGUAAUUUUAUGUUGAUUUUCCAAAUUUUAUUCCAAUUAUCCCAAUUAUUUCCAGAUUAAUACUUUGUUUAAAUGACUUCCUAUGCGUCAUUCUUGAUGAUGAUGGUGGUGGUGAUGUUAAUAAUAAUAAUAAUAAUAUGAUGAUGAUGAUGAUGAUGAUCAUGGGUAGGCAAACUAAGGCCCAGGGGCCAGAUCCGGCCCAAUCGCCUUCUAAAUCUGGCCCGCAGACAGUUUGGGAAUCAGCGUGUUUUUACAUGAGUAGAAUGUGUGCUUUUAUUUAAAAUGCAUCUCUGGGUUAGUUGUGGGGCAUAGGAAUUCAUUCAUUUCCCUCCCCCAAAAAUAUAGUCCGGCCCCCCACAAGGUCUGAGGGACAGUGGACCGGCCCCCUGCUGAAAAAGUUUGCUGACCCCUGAUGAUGAUGAGUUUCUCCUGUCUGUGCCCCCUCCCUCAAACCCGCUUCUCCUGCUCUCCCUCGCCCCCUGCAGGUGAUCCACGUCACGGGCCGCCUCCGCCCCCGGCUGCCCUCCUUCUCCCACGCCCACUCCCUGCUGGGCCGCGUGAUGGGGCUGGUGGCGCUGGCCCACACCCUGCCCCCUUCCACGCUCAGCGAGGUGCGCAUCGAGUGCCACAUGUUUGUCUUCCGGGUCAACAUGGACUUGCAGAUCGUGUACUGUGAGAGCAGGUGGGUUGCCAGAGCCCUCUGGGCUGCUUUGUGCCAUUCUUGGGGAACGCGGGCAUCUGUUGGCAGAAACGGCUGAAAAAGUCACAGCGCCCAAGCGAGUUGGAAAUCGAAGUUACACACACAGCACUUCAAAGGAUGGUGGCUUUCUGUUGUCUUUAUUUCUCCUGUCCCCCUUGGUUUCUGCUAUUGCCUCUGGAUUUGCUGCUCCUGUCCCCCAGCUCCCCACCCAUAUUGUAUCUGAGCCAAAGUCCACGUAAUUGAUCCUAUAUUCUCUCCCUGCCUCCUUCCCCCACCCACGUUCCUUCUGUUGUUUCCCUCUGCCUGGUUUGGAUUGUAAGCUCCUUGGGGCAGGGCUCUGUCACACCUCUUUCUUGUAAGGUGCUAUACGCACAGAUGGCCCCGUAUGAAUGAAUGGAUCUCCUGCUCAGCCCUUCCAUAAUCUGCCUUCCUUUUUUGCUCUUUCUUCCCCUGACGAAGGAUCAGCGAUUAUAUGGACUUGACCCCCUCGGAGCUCGUGGGCAAAAGCUGCUACCGGUUCAUUCACGGCGAGGAUGUGGAGGGAAUCCGGCAAAGUCACCUGGACUGUAUGUUGGCUUCGUAACGGUGUUGACGGCGAUAGGGUUUCUGUAUUAGAGCAUCCCGUGCACAUUCCUGGGUUGUGCCAGAGCUUCAUCUAGUCCAGGGCAUUCCCUCCAAGAGCUAGAAUUCCUGGCACCCUUAGCAAACUACAGAUCCCAGGAUUUGGGGCAGGGGAGUCCAUGUACUUUAAAUACAGGCAGCCUUUGGCAAGUCCACAAGUAGAAACCACCCUCUUUCCCUUUAGAUUCCCCAGGGACUGUUAUUCAGAGGCUUUGGCUGCUUUGGGAAACAGAGUCCUGGGCUAGACUGGCCUUUGGUCUGGUCCGCCAGGGCUCCACUUAGAAUCAUAGAGUUGGAAGGGACUGCAUCUAACCCUCUGUAAUGCAGGGAUUUUUUGCCUAAUGUGGGGCUCAAACCCGCAAGCCUCAGAUUAAGAGUCUUGUGCUCUGUCGGCUGAGCUUUUUAUGUCGUUCUAGAACAUGGCUUGGGACGCAGGUGGCACUGUGGGUUAAACCACAGAGACUAGGGCUUGCCGAUCAGAAGGUUGGCGGUUUGAAUCCCCGUGACGGGGUGAGCUCCCGUUGCUCAGUCCCUGCUCCUGCCAGCCCAGCAGUUCGAAAGCACGUCAAAGUGUAAGUAAGAUAAAUAGGUACCACUCCGGCGGGAAGGUAAACGGCGUUUCCGUGCACUGCUCUGGUUCGCCAGAAGCGGCUUAGUUAUGCUGGCCACAUGACCCGGAAGCUGUGCGCCGGCUCCCUCGGCCAGUAAAACGAGAUGAGCGCUGCAACCCCAGAGUCGGCCACAACUGGACCUAAUGGUCAGGGGUCCCUUUACCUUUACUAGAACAUGGCUGGGCAGUCUAUGGCCCUCCUGAUGUUUGCUGGGAUCACUGGGAUCAUUGAUAAAACUUUAUUCUCAUUAGCCAAUGGCCAUAGCAACAAUAAAACAUUACAGUAUAUGCAGGAAGGGAAAUUUGAUGUAAGAGCACAAUUUAAAGUCCUGAAUCAGCAGUCAGUUAGUGGCCCUCAUUCUGAUUGCCCCUGCUAUGAACCUAGCAACCUUUGCUGUUAUCUGCUCAUUUUGAUCUGAUAGAAGAAAGGGCAUUGUAGCAGUGGUUGAGCGCCCUGGGAUGGUUAGUACAAGUGGGGUGAUGAUCUCGUUCCUCAGGUCUUUGUAGAGAGCGCAAGACAGGAGGACGUGUGCCGCUGUUUUGGUGCUACCGUCUCCACAGGGGCAAAGACGUUUCUCAGGCGGGGUCUUUUGGAAUCGACCCUCAAGUGCCACAGAUGGCAAAACAUCCAGUCUUGCAAGUGUAAAAGCACGUCCGUAUUUUGGGAUAAUAAGUUUGUGCAGAUAUGGCGGCCAGAGAAUCAAAAUGGAGAGGUGGAAAAUGAACACACCAAGGGCAGAAUUUCCUUAUAGUGGCCAGGUUGUUCUGAUGCUCGAUAUCUUUCAAACGUUGACCAAUUAGACUGUUUGCUUUAGUAGGGCCCAUAGUGAGUCGGUGUUGUGGGGAUAGGCCACAAGAGUGAAGUUUUUGAUAGACGGUUUUAAGCCAGGCACUUUUAUGGGAGUCUUGAAGUACUAGGGAUAGUAAACCGGGGUGGGGUGGGGUGUUGAGUUUAGGCGGAGCCAGAAGUUAAGAGUUCUUUGCCAAGUCCGUACUUCUACUGAAGGGAGACUUGUUUGCUGGACUACAGCUUCCAUCGUCCCUUGCUGUUGGCCGUGCUGGCUGGGACUGAUGGGUGUCAGAGUCUAGCAUCACCGGGAGGGCAAUGGGUCACCCCCAUUACAGACCAAAGGGGUCACUGUUUCGGCCAAAGCAAUCUCUAUAAGCCACCCCUGGCUUCUCCUGAUCCGUUUUCAGUCAAGAUUCCUGCCACGUAGGGGGUUGGACUAGAUGACCCUCGGGGUCCCUUCCAACUCCACACUUCUAAGAUUCUUCUACCCUGGCACCUCUUCAGCUCUGCUGCCUGUGAAAAGCAGAUUGUCCAAGGACCAGUUUUAUGCAGUCAGCAGAAUCAAGCGGUAAAGCUCUUCCUGGACUGUACUACCUUCCAACAAAGUGGGGGGGGGGGCUCUUGAAUUUUUGAUUGGCCCCCUCCAUUUAAAAAAACACCCCUCCUUGCAUUUAACAAAUGUGUUGUGAAAGAGUGAAGAAUUUCAGCCAAGCUCAAGGCUUGCUCUCUACCCAGCUUGCAACCUUCCCUGGUGACCUGAAGUUGUACAGUCCGGGCAAGUCUUCGCCACUGUUCCUCAGCGCUUUGGGGUAGACACAGUUAAUGUUUUUCUUCUUAAAACUGUUGUUAACGGCUGUUGCCUCCCCUUCCUCCUCCUUUAGUGUUAAACAAGGGGCAGGUGGUGACCCAGUAUUACCGCUGGCUGCAGAAGAACGGGGGCUUCGUGUGGGUCCAGUCCUGCGCCACCAUCUCGGUCAACGUCAAGAACCCCACCGAGAAGAACAUGGUCUGGGUGAACUACAUCCUCAGGUGAGGCGUCCCGUCUCAAUUCGUGCAAAGUUCGGAGCAAACGGGGGCAUAUUUUUUAAAUAUCUUGCCACCGCCACAGAAUUCCCAACACCAGGAGUUGCCAUCAGUGCAUCCCAGUCAAGGUUGAGGUUCAAUCCUGACACGACAGAAGUACUGUUUUUGGGGGACAGGAGACAGGCAGGUGUGGAGGACUCCCUGUUCCUGAAUGGGGCAACUGUGCCCCUGAAGUUCCAGGUGCGCAGCCUGGGAGUCAUUUUGGACUCGCAGCUGUCCAUGGAGGCGCAGGUCAAUUCUGUGUCCAGGGCAGCUGUCUCCCAGCUCCACCUGGUACACAGGCUGAGACCAUCCCUGCCCGCAGACUGCCUCACCAGAGUCGUGCAUGCUCUGGUUAUCUCCCGCUUGGACUACUGCAAUGCGUUCUACGGGGGGGCAACCUGGACAUUAUUUUAUUUUUUAAAUAUUUUGCUGGAAGCUGCUCAGAGUGGCUGGGGAGACCCAGUCAGAUGGGCGGCAUAUAUAUAAUAAAAAUAUUUAUUGUUAUUUAUUUAUCUUGCUCAAGCCCCCACCAUCUCCCUCCCAAAAAACAACCCCAAAGAUGGCAGUGAGCAUGUGUGCAAAUGGUUAUUCUGCAAGAACGCAGGCUAUUCUUGAAGCAGGCCUCCUCCCACUGGUGUGGCAAAAGUUAGGUACUCAGAGGGGAUCCUUAGGAUCUCAGGAAGCUGCCUUACGCAGAGUAAUCCCAUUGGUCCAUCAAGCUCAGUACAGAAACUGAGCGCACUAGGGAGUUUUUCAAAUGGGCAUUGGAUGUUCAGGGUGCCUGGCUGCCUUUUUAAAUCUAGAUUUUUCAAAGGUUCAGUCCCCGCUCCCUGAGGUCUCAAGUGGCAAAAGUUCAUCAAGCGCUUCCACCACACUCAUCCCUUUGGAUCCCAAGUCCUUUAAAGGUAAAGGUAAAGGGACCCCUGACCAUUAGGUCCAGUCGUGGCCGACUCUGGGGUUGUGGUGCUCAUCUCGCUUUACUGGCCGAGGGAGCCAGCGUACAGCUUCCGGGUCAUGUGGCCAGCAGGACUAAGCUGCUUCUGGCGAACCAGAGCACGGAAACGCCAUUUACCUUCCCGCCGGAGUGGUGCCAAUUUAUCUACUUUCAAACUGCUAGGUUGGCAGGAGCAGGGACCGAGCAAUGGGAGCUCACCCCGUCGCGGGGAUUCGAACCGCCGACCUUCUGAUUGGCAAGCCCUAGGCUCUGUGGUUUAACCCACAGUCCCGAGUCCUUUACUGCUCCUCAAAUCAAGACCACCCCCAUCUCUGUUGCCCCAGGUGCAACAUUUAAAAUCUACUUAAGAACUACCAAAUAUUCUCUGCUGAAGUCUUUUUUCUCCCUCUUCCCAGCCCGCCACGCUUGCCCACCCUUCCAAACAGAUAAAAGGGAUCUGUGAAUGGCUACUGCAGAUGGUUAUUAAUGACUACUUUCCCCCUUUCCCUCCCGAUAAAGCAAAGGGAAGCAUUAUUAUGCUAAUCCUGCAAGCAAUUGCCGAUGGUAAUGUAUGAUUUGUAAGGGUGAUUAGUAUUUUAGUUAAUUAGUGCUGUAAUUAGAGGCUAAUUAACUUUCUUGCAGCCUCCCUGCAAACUUGCUUGCUUCCCUCUCCGCUGCCACCGCCCCGCCAAAACCAACACCACUUUGCAAAGCGGGACGGGGCGGGAUUGUUCCUUGGACAGGACAAGGGAGAAAGAAAAUGCCCGGGCUGGAAGGCUCUGUGUUCGAGGAACAGCAAAGUGGUGUGUUGAGCUGGAACACACCAUUUGUAAGUUGCGGGGAAGGCAGUUUGGCAGUUUCAGGGAGGGAAAGCAGCUGAACUUAGCGGGUGGCGCUGACCCCCAGAUUUUGUCUCCUCAAUUAUAUGGCGAUGAAGCAUCAUUCGCAAAGACCCCUGGGAGCAGGGAAUGGUGCCUGAGAGUAGCAUUGCAGCACCAAGGUUGGCAAUGGAAAAAAGUGAGCACUGGUGUCAGACAUAAACUCUCUCUCACUCCCUAGAGCCCAAGCCCCAGAUACGUUUGGACUGCCAUAUUCACUGUGCACGUCCCUCUUUAUUUCGCAUGCCCCUGACAUCCCAAAUGGGUCCUGGGGCUCCAGGGAAGAACGACGCCUGGGUUCUGAAUCGCCUCCUUCCAUUGCAUCGGCUGCCCUGUGACGAUAACUUGCUUUUGGGGGCAGGGACUCUUAACUUGAACUGGUUCCAGCUUUGCUCGCUUGACAAUAAAACCCCCAACCCUGCUGUUUUUGGUAUGUGUGCAUGUAGGGUGGUGUUUUUUUUAAACACACACACACACCCAAUCCACAAGGGAGAGUUUGUGAUUUCAAUCUGUCCUUGUUUGUUCUUGGACAAUGAAGCGCCAAUGGUCCCUCUGCUGUGGCGGCGGCUGUUCCGCUGAUUCUAGCCUGCAGGUGGCUGGAUGUGUCAGCUCUUAUUCAAGUUGGCUUUCUUCAGUCCCCUUCUGGUUUGCAAGAGGGUGGGAGGAGGGAGUUGCGGCGCUUAUUUUAAUCCCUGGCCUCUCAGCGUUGCCACAUGUCUGCUAAGCAGGGAGACUGGAUAUCUCUCUCUGUCUCGGCUUCCUUGCUGCCACCAAGCGGCCACGCUUACGAGAUCCAGCUACGAUCCUUCACGAUGCCAAAGUCCCCAGCGCCAUUUCAAAGGCCUCCUCUUGAGGGAGGGAUGGUGCAGAGCAGGGCCCCAGAGGUGGAAAUGGUAGGGAAUGUGUACAGGAGAGAGAAUUACCGUAUUUUUUGCACCAUAACACUCACUUUUUUCCUCCUAGAAAGUAAGGGGAAAUGUCUGUGCGUGUUAUGGAGCAAAUGCCUACGGAUGACGGGGGGGAUCUGCUGCAGUCGUGAGCAGAGGAUCCAUGGUUACAGCCUGCACCAAAAAAAUCACGCACCCACUGUUGCCUGGGGCCACAAUGGUGCAAAAACAUGGUUACAAAGCAUGGAUCCACACGGAUCCUCAGGAUUUUUGCAUUAGGCUACCCCAAACUCACCGUCAGAUCACAUGUCUGUGGCCGCAGCAUGAACCACAAAAAUCAUACAUCCACUAUUUUGUUUAGAAUAUUUUUUUUCUUGUUUUCCUCCUCUAAAAACUAUGUGCAUGUUAUGGUCGGGUGCGUGUUAUAGAGCAAAAAAUACGGUACAUUUCCUUUGCAUCCUGGCACAAAUUCUGCUGCCUUCUGUAUCCCGGCCACCACUGGAGGUGUCCCACUCUGAAGUUCUUUAUACUGCCUUCCGGCGAUCCUCCAAGCUGUUGUGGGCAGAACGGAAAAACGGACCCUUCUUUGAGGCAUCUCCUGGGCCCGGCCUUUGGCUUAACCCCGGCAAAACAUCCGAAACCCCAGCAUCACCUCUGAACCUCGCAAAGUGCCUUCUAGGGGAACGAGCCUCCCUUGGCAAGACAAAGAUAUAUCUUGAAGCUUUGGAACGAUCCCCACAUGUGCAUUUCUUUAAUCUUCUCCUUCCCUUUUUUCUCUUGUUUCACUUUUAACCCUUUCCAGCAAGCCGGAGUGUAAGAACACCGUGCUGGACAUAUUCCAGCUGCCUGGGAUCCCUGCAAGACAGACGGAGGCCGUUGAGGUGGGGCCAGAAUUCAAAGGUGAAUAAAAUGAAGCCUUGGACAGGGAGGGGAGGUUAGUUUGCCAAGCAGACGAGCUCCGUGCAUUGCUAGCGGAAGAGAUUUUGGCAAACAGGUGUGGGCUGUCUCUUUCAGCAGAGCUCUUAGGUUCUUGCCUGCUAAUAAAACAUAGCAAACCUACUAUUUCCCCUUUAAAAAUCAAAGGGCCCCUUUUGCUAUUUGUUGUUGUUGUUGUUUAGUCGUUUAGUCGUGUCCGACUCUUCGUGACCCUAUGGACCAGAGCACGCCAGGCACUCCUGUCUUCCACUGCCUCCCGCUAUUUACCAGUGUGCUUUUGCUAUUUACCAGUGUGCUUUUUUAAAAGAGAGUCCUGGUGUAGGCGCUGCCUUCGCUCUUCUCAGCCCCUUGGUGAACUGCUGCAGGCAGGUGGUGUUUUGUUUCUCUGGCCCCAAUUCAAGGUGCUGUUUUAAGCUUUCAGGGGCUUGGGACCCUGGGGGGACGGAAGGAUUGCCUCCUUCUAUGGUGUUUCUGCCCUGCAUGCUCCAGUCAUCUUCUCACACCAGACAGCCCUCAGCCCCAUGAAGCACAGUGGGCACUACCUUUAAAACCCUAAACGGCCUCAAUCCAGUAUACCUGAAGGAGCGUUUCCCCUCCAUUGUUAUGCCCGGACACUGAGGUCCAGCGCCAAGGGCCUUCUGGCGGUUCCCUUGUUGCGAGAAGCCAAGUUACAGGGAACCAGGCAGAGGGCCUUCUCGGUGGUGGCACCUGCCCUGUGGAACGCCCUCCCACCAGAUGUCAAAGAGGAAAACAACUACCUGGCUUUUAGAAGACAUCUGAAGGCAGCCCUGUUUAGGGAAGCUUUUAAUGUUUAAUAGGUUAUUAUAUUUUAAUAUUCUGUUGGAAGCCUUCCAGAGUGACUGGGGAAACCCAGCCAGAUGGGCGGGGUAUAAAUAAUAUAUUAUUAUUAUUAUUAUUAUUAUUAUUAUUAUUAUACCGUUAUGGUCCUGACCUUGUGGCACACGCCCUGCCAGUUGGGGUGCCUCAGGUCCUGUUUGUUGGCCAUGGUGCUGAGCCAUCAGAAGUCUGCACUCUGCCCAAUCAUUCUCCCUCUGUGCUCCUUGCCUGGCCUAAGGAGCAGCAACAAAUCGCUAGUCUUGGCUUAUUAGAGCCUUUCCCAGCCGGGCUCCUUUUAGAGGUUUCGCACUGCAACGCCCAUCAUCCCUAAUGCUGGCUGGAGCUGAUGGAAGUUUGCUAGUUCGUUUAUUAAAUUUGCAUGCCGCCUUUCAUCCGAAGAUCCCAGGGCGGUUCACAACUUAAAAAAACAAAAUGAAGACAUUAAAUACAUAAUAAACAAGUUGCAACCCCAACCAGGAUUCAUGUUGGGGGCGGCUGCCCUACUGCAGUAACUGAACUAGUCCUCAUGGUUUGUUUUCUCCUAAACAAAUCAUGGAGCCAGAAGUCACGGUUUGUUGAAGCUGCUGUUCAAGACAGGAGCGAGGGACCUCAGGUUGGUCCUUCGGGUCUCGCUGCAGGUCAUGAUCUUACUGCCCUGCUAUGUGCCCUUCUCAGUGCAAAGGCCGAAUGUGGAUGGAACAAAGCUCCUCACUUGCCUUGUGCGUUGGUGUCAAGUGUGUCCCAACCCCUUCCUUUUUUGCUGCUGGGCAAAAGGUUUUGCUCUGCAUGGAUUCUGCUUCUCAUCACUUUUGCCUCUGGCCCUCCCCACUGCUGGUAUGUGGCCCCUGGAAAGUGGCCCUUGAGGGUACAGUGGUACCUCGGGUUAAGUACUUAAUUCGUUCCGGAGGUCCGUACUUAACCUGAAACUGUUCUUAACCUGAAGCACCACUUUAGCUAAUGGGGCCUCCUGCUGCUGCUGCGCCACCGGAGCACGAUUUCUGUUCUCAUCCUGAAGCAAAGUUCUUAACCCGAGGUAAUAUUUCUGGGUUAGCAGAGUGUGUAACCUGAAGCGUAUGUAACCCGAGGUACCAAUGUAUUAUUAUUAUUAUUAUUAUUAUUAUUAUUAUUAUUAUUAUUAUUAUUCCACACUUCAUCUGUAGGUCUCAAGGGGGUUUACAGCUUAAAAACAAAAUGCAUAAUAAAAACAAGAACAAAAUAAACCAAUAACCCCCCACAAACAUAUUUAAAAGGGUUUAGGAUCUUAAGACAGCCCAAGGCAUGGCUCAGUGCGACCUUCAAGCUGAAAAAGAUUCUCCACCCUGCUGCUUGGUGGCUCACCACGUCACCCAGAUGUGGGCAGUGCACUGUUAUAAGUGGCCAGUGAAAACGUGGCUGUUUAGACUCUCUGCUGAUUCACCUUUAACGUCCCAGUUUCAGAGGAUGUUUUGUAUAUUGUUGUGGGGGCUUGGCCUUAAGAUUUUUGAUGGGGAUUGCUGCAUUUCUUGUUAUUAUUAUUAUUAUUAGCCACCUUUAGUUCCUUUGAAAAUACACGAAGGGAUAAAUGAAAUUACGGGGAGGAUGUGCAACCUUAUUGAGUAGGUUUUCCCCCUCUCCAAGGCGGAAAUUCUGCCAUGCUGGCUUUUGAGUUCCUGCUGUGACCAAAUCCACUUCAAGGCUUUCCGGAGUAGCUUUGCCCUGUGGUGGUGAUUAUUAGCUGCGCUGCUGGCAGGAAGCUGCUCUGAAGCGAGGUCUAAACUCUCCCCCAGGUCUUCUGCGGAUAGAAAUUUUGCUUGGCAAAAUAAAUCUGCCCAACUCCUGGCCGUGGGAAGAUGCUUAGCUCCCUGCUGCCUCGCUAAGUUGAUUUUUUCCCCUCCUGUCUCCCCACCUGAUUUCCCUUUCAGAGAGCAGCCUUGCCAAAGAGAGCAGCCAAGGAAGGAAGCUUUACUCCCCCAGCAAACCUGGCUCCCUAGCCGAGGGCUACCCCCGGAGCGCAGCGGAGGCCGGUGCCCGAUGCCGCCUGGCAGAGACCGAUUCCAGCGGCCCGGAAACGAGCUACCGGGAGGAGGAGCUGUCAGACGGAGGCGCCGGGAGCGACACCGAGGGACCGCCCAGCAAGCGCAUCAAGCUGGAAUUCCCGCCAGAGAGCCCCUCGCGGGAGGCAAAGGAAGCCAGCUCCGAGGAGUCGGACAGCGGCAGCGAAUCGGAGCUGGGCCUCCUCCCACAGCAGAGGGCGCCCCUGGCGAGGAAAGCCAACGGCUGCAAGGCCGGGGGGCGGAGGAGCGCAGGGCCCGGCCGCCCGGAGUUUGCCUCCGUCAUCCAGACUCAGAAGAGCUCCGUUCUGAAAGCCGCCCCAGCACUUAGCAUUAAAUCUGAGCAGCCCCCCGGAGCCAAGGGAGCCCCCUGGACCUGUCCUGCCGCCCACAAGGGCAGCCCUUACACUGUGAACAAAGCACUUAGCUUAGAGAAGCCCUCUCUGCGGCCGGCCUCUUCUCACCUGUACGUCUCCAUCCCAGACUCUGUGCUCACCCCGCCCGAGAUGGAGAGCGGCGCCCCCAAAGGGCCUUUCGGCACCUCUCCCCGGACCGUCCCGGCAGCCUCCUCUUCGGCGGACACUCUCUCGCCCCCGCUCUCAGGCUCCCCGUGCGAGGAGAGGGCCACGUCCACGCCCUUCACGCCGCUCCUCUACCCCGCCGACAUGGAGGUGCUGCAGCGGUUCCACGCGGGCAACGUGGUUGUGCCGCUGGUGCACCAGCUGGGCGGCCCGCAUGCCGGCACAUCCGGCUCGCAGGGCCUUUACGCCACCAGCACCAUCCGGUACGCCCCUGCCGACAUGACGCUCGGCAUGCAAAGCAACGUGCUGCCGCCCUCCCACCCCAUCAACCUCAUGGACAUCGGCGGCGCCGAGGCCAAGACGCCCCGGGAACUUAUGUACCACCACCUGCAGCGGUUGAACAUGGUUGCGCCCUUUGGGAACUCGGCCGGCUUGGCCCAGAUUUCAGGGGGAGCCUUUGCCGCGACGGACUCCUUGUUUUCCACGCUGCCCUUCUCGAUGGCUGGCAGCGGGGUCCACGGUGCCUCGGCUUUGGAACGCAAGGAGGACUGAGUCCAUGGCCAAACUCUGUACCAUCCAUAAAAGGUCCUGUGUGCCCCUUUUAGAGGAAAGCUCAGCGCCAACUUCCCUGCCGCCGGGGGAAGAAAUCUUUGUUCUCUAACCAAUCCCUGCGUGUCUCAUCUUUUCAUAGCACCCCUUUCUAAACCUCUGGCAAAUUAGUAGCGUGACCAUCUCCUCAGCAGUCUUGUGUUCCACUCUUGCUCCUUGCCUGGCCCCCCAGAUGCUGCUGUGUGAAACUGCUGUUCUGGUUGCGGAACGAAUUCAGGAGUUAGCCCAGUGCAAAUGCGGAGUUCGGGAGUUUAACCCAGGGCAAAGUCGGUGCAACUUUCCUGGGAAAGAUGAAAGAGGUAUCCUACAUUCGUUCUGGUCUGUCUUCCUGCUGCUACAAGUUGACUUCCUUCCUCCACCAUGUUUGCUGGGGACUUUGGGGUGGGCUUUUUUUGUAUGUAUGGGGGUUAUAAUUAGGCCCUGCAGGUUUUUCUGUUGAGAGGACCAUCUGCCUGCUAGCCAAGGCGAGUGUAACUCGAAGAAACCUGCACAUGAAGAGCAGGGUGCCACCACCCCUGACUCAAUCCCCCAAUGUGAUUACAUCAGUGUUACCACUUUUGCUUCUGUUCUGUCCACACUGCACUAUCCCUUACAGCACAGCAAUUGCUCAAAAGUCUGGCUCCGAAUUAUAAAUAAGAAAUCCAGGUGUGGCAAGUAUAUCUGAGUGAAUCAACCCUUUGGGCACUCCCCUUAUCUCAUAUAGCCUCACCUUCCUCACGCUUCCCCCUUCUGCAAAUAAUGGAUUAAUAGCUUAUAUGUUUUCUGUGUGCUCAGAUCAAAGGGGAAAGAGAUUACUAAAGCUGUCUUAACUGCCCUGUUGCCAAGGGUUCUGCCACUAGCUUAACAGUCUUAAGUGAAAUGUGGGUGCCAAAAGGUGACGGCUAAUUUCCCAGUGGUUACAACUUCUGAAAGUGAAGGAAGAUGCAGUGUGGAUGAACCAAUAAUUGAGCAUGGACAGUUCUAAACAGCUAACAGGGUGUUGAUUCUGCUCUUCUAAUUACCAGGUGUUAAGACUUCUCAUCCGCCCAUUUGUCUACCAGUGGCUGUUGUAGCAAAAUGGAAAUUCUGUGUGCAGAGGCAGUCUACCAGAGUGACAGAUUUGGGGUGGGGUAGAUUGGGAGAACCAUCACCACCACGCCGUUCCUAGAAGGUUCUGCCUGGCCACUGUUGGGAGAUGGGGGAAAUGGUGGACAAGAUGCACCUCUUUGAUGGUCCAAUCCUGCAAGGUUGCUUGUUCCUCUCAUCACUGUGCAAACACAGCUGUUGCUUUGAUCCUGUACUCAGUAGAAAAAAGCUUCCACCACUGAGACCCCUUGGGACAUGAAAAGGACCUUUUCCAUCCAGAGCCCAAAAUGCAAGCCAGAAAAGGGAUGGAAACAGGUAGGUCGUCAUCGUAUGUGAUGACAGCACUUAAAAAGGUUAAAAAAAAUGUUACGCCAUAACUUUUAGCACUUAUUCAGAAUAAAGACUACUUGUACAGUUUGGUGGGAAAGGGUGGGUGGGGGGAAACCCACAGCGAGACAGUAGCACUUGGAUGAUGUGGUAUUUUUCUGUGUAACUCAUCGCUAAAGAUCUGUGUGUAUGUGCGCGUUUUUUUCUUUUAUUAACCUACGGUUCUCGUUGGAUAGAUGAAUGUAGUUUCCACUGUUCACUUGUUCUUGACAUUUUGCUGCUUCUUUUGGCGAUCUGGGGUUUCAGAGAAAAUGAAAAUAAAUGGGACUCUGUUCCUGCCU